GCAGCAGAGGCCUUGGCGGUGGCGUCACCGCGUGACGCAGCGACGCACGAGCGUGCUCCCGUCAGCUGAUCAGUGAGCCGCUGCGGAAGUAACGCGAAUCGGUGCGAUAUUUUCACGAAAUCAACGGCAGGACGAGCAUGAGACGAUAAAGAGCGGCUCCGUGUCACAGAGAACAUGUCAGGAAACAGUCUGGUAUUACCCAUAGUCCUGUGGGGCCGCAGUGCGCCCACUCACUGCAUCUCCAGUCUGCUGGUGCUGGACGAUCUGACCGCCGUCAUCACCGGCUGCCAUGAUGGACAGAUCUGCAUCUGGGACAUGACCCCAGAGCUGGAGAUCAAUCCGCGCGCUCUGCUGUUCGGACACACGGCGUCCGUCACCUGUCUGUCCAGGGCCACCGCAGGAAGUGACAAACAGUACCUCGUCAGCGCCUCUGAAAGCGGGGAAAUGUGUUUAUGGGACGUCAGUGAUGGACGCUGUAUUGAGUUCACCAAACUGACCUGUGCACACACCAGUAUACAGUUUCAUCAGUUCACCAUCGGCACGCAGAGGGAGGGCCGUCUCCUGUGUCACGGACGUUACCCAGAAAUCCUUGUGGUGGACGCCACCAGUCUGGAGGUGCUUUACUCGCUUGUGUCCAAGAUUUCCCCGAACUGGAUCAGCUCCAUGAGCAUCAUCCGCUCACACCGCACGCAAGAGGACACCGUGGUGGCUGUGUCUGUCACUGGGAUUCUCAAGGUGUGGAUCAUCAGCGCUGAUGUCAGCAGGAUGCAGGAUCUGGACCCCGUGUUUGAGAAAGAGUCGAAGCCCAUCUACUGUCAGGGCUGCCAGAGCAUCUCCUGUACGUUCACUCAGCUCUCGCUGCUGGUGGUGUGUUCGAAGUACUGGAGGGUGUUGGAUGCGGGUGAUUUCUCCCUGCUGUGUUCGGUCCCGAGUGAGAACAAUCAGUCCUGGGCCGGAGGAGAGUUCAUCGCUGCUGAUAAAGUCAUAAUCUGGACUGAAGACGGUUGCAGCUACAUUUACAAGCUACCGGUCAGCUGUCUCCCAGCGAGCGAACACUUCCGGAGCAACGUCGGGAAGAAGGCGGAAGGUUCGAUCCCUCUUUUGGUCUACAGCAUAGAGGACCGCGCUGACAAACAGCUCCUGAUUUGUCCGCCCGUGACACGCUUCUUCCUCGGACGGAGAGAGCUGCUGAUCCAGGGUGACUCUGCGGGGCGACUGACGGUGUGGAGCGUCCCAGAGACCUCGCCCUCACAGCCGCUGUCCUCCGCCGCAGAGCUUGUGUGUUCUUUUUUAUUUUGUUUGCAGGAUUUCUUCUGUAAGUUAAAGCCGUCUCCGGCGGGCAUCAUCGACCAGCUGAGCGUCCAGCCCGGCUCUAACGAGCCCGUUAAGGUGACGGCGAGCGUCUACAUCCCGUCUCAGGGCCGACUGGUGUGUGGAAGAGAGGACGGCAGCAUCGUGCUCGUUCCCGCUACGCAGACGGCCAUCGCUCAGCUGCUGCAGGGAGAACACAUGCUGCACAGAGGUUGGCCUCCUCACCGCACUCUCAGAGGUCACAGGCACAAGGUCACGUGUCUGCUGUAUCCACACCAGGUCUCUCCGCGCUACGAUCAGCGCUCGCUCGUGUCCGGAGCCGACGACUUCUCCGUCAUCGUCUGGGACGUCUUCACCGGCGAGAUGAAGCACAUCUUCUGCGUUCACGGAGGAGAAGUCACACAGCUGAUCGUACCUCCGGAGAACUGCAGCACGCGCGUGCAGCACUGCGUGUGUUCGGUGGCCAGCGAUCACUCCAUCGCUCUGCUGAGUCUGAGGGAGAGCAAGUGCAUCAUGCUGGCGUCCAGACACCUCUUCCCCAUCCAGGUCAUCAAGUGGAGGCCGUGUGAUGAUUAUCUGGUGGUGGGCUGCUCUGACGGGUCCGUGUACGUCUGGCAGAUGGACACAGGAGUGCUGGACCGCUGUGUGAUGGGUAUAACGGCGGUGGAGAUUCUGAACGCGUGCGACGAGGUCGUUCCCGCGGCUCUGGACUCACUCAAUCACCCCGCGGUGAACCUGAAGCAGGCCAUGACCCGCCGCAGUCUGGCUGCGCUCAAGAACAUGGCCCAGCACAAGCUCCAGACGCUCGCCACCAACCUGCUCGCGGCCGACAACACCGACAAGGUGAGACACCUUCCCACAUACUCCCAUAACUCUCUGGUGGUGCAGGCCUUGAAGAGCAACGUGACGGAUCCAGACAUGCAUGUGCUGUUCUUCGACGUGGAGGCCGUGAUCAUCCAGUUGCUGACGGAGGAGGCGCAGCGGCCCAAUCCCAGCCUCGUCUCCCCGGAAACACUGCAGAAAGCUCCAGGUGGGGCCGAUAAGAGCGGGUCCUUCCUGGCCAAUAAGAUCUUCAAACAGGUGAAGGAGACCAUUAAAGAAAAUAUCAAGGAGCACCUGCUGGAUGAAGAUGAUGAUGAUGAAGAGGAGCAGCGGCGGCGCAAGUCUCUGAGUCUGCUGGAGUAUAACCAGACCAUGGACACGGCCAAGCUCUUCAUGUCCUGCCUGCACGCCUGGGGUCUGGACGCAGAGCUGGACGAGGUGUGUUUGUCCCGUCUGGGCAUGCUCCGCCCACACACACCCGUCUCCUUCGGCCUGAUCUCCCGCGGAGGACACAUGUCCCUCAUGCUGCCCUCCUUCAAACACUCUCUGCUCCGGCCGCUGGUCCAGGGCUCCGCCGAGGGCCGCAAGCUCUCCGUCUCCGAGAUCGUGGGCAAGGGCAUGUACGGCGUCUCCAGAGCCGUGACCACGCAGCACCUGCUGUCCGUCAUCUCUCUGGCUAACACGCUGAUGUCAUGACCAACGCCCUCCUUCAUCGGGGAGCACAUGAAGAAAGCCCCAGCCGGGCCCCCAAGACCAGGGACCCCCGAGACCCCAAGAAAAACCACCCCGCAGGUCUCCAGCCCGGCUCAGCAAACACAGAUCAAACAAGGUUGGAGUCAGCUGGCAGCUAUGCAUUGUGUCAUGCUUCCUGAUCUUCUGGGUUUGGAGAAGUUCAGGCCUCCUCUGCUGGAGAUGUUGGCACGCAGAUGGCAGGAUCGCUGCCUGGAGGUUCGAGAGGCGGCCCAGGCGCUGCUGUUGGCUGAACUGCGGCGGAUCGGUCAGUCAGGCAGGAAGGACACCAUUGACCUGUGGGCGGUGUGUGUGACUGAGUAUGUUGAUGAGGACAUGGCCCCUGGGAACGGAACCGCCCCUGAAACCAGCCAGCUGGCCCCGCCCCCUGCAGAAGCCCCGCCCACCGAGACCAAAGCUCCAGAGGAGGAGCUGGAUGUGACGGACGAUGACAUCACUGCAGGCUGUCUGUCAAACCUGCCGUCCAACGCUAAGAAGAUCUGUAGCUCGUAUGAGGAGCGGAGGAAGCAGGCCACAGCCAUCGUUCUGCUGGGUGUGAUCGGAGCUGAGUUUGGAGCGGAGAUCGAGCCUCCCAAACUACUGUCCCACGCUCGGACCAGCACUCAGGCGCCCGGCGGCUUCCGUCUGACCUCCGGCGGAUCCAACUACUCACUCACUCGUCACACCUGUAAAGCCCUGACAUUCCUCCUCCUCCAGCCGCCCAGUCCCAAGCUGCCGGCCCACAGCACCAUCCGGCGCACAGCCAUCGAUCUGAUUGGCCGAGGCUUCACGGUGUGGGAGCCGUAUAUGGACGUGUCUGCGGUUCUCGUGGGUCUGCUGGAGCUCUGCGCCGACGCCGAGAAGCAUCUGUCCAACAUCUCAAUGGGUCUUCCUCUGAGCCCCGGUGCUGAUUCAGCCCGAUCCGCCCGUCACGCUCUCUCCCUGAUCGCCACCGCCAGACCCCCCGCCUUCAUCACCACCAUCGCACGAGAGGUCCACAGACACACAGCGAUGCAGUCCCAGGGCUCUCUGUCUCAGCAGAACGUUCACACCACGACUCUCACUCGCUCCAAAACUGAAAUCCUGCGCGUCGUGGAGAUUCUGAUUGAGAAGAUGCCGUCUGAUGUGGUGGACCUGCUGGUGGAGGUGAUGGACAUCAUCAUGUACUGCACUGAAGGCUCUCUGGUGAAGAAGAAAGGCCUGUCCGAGUGUUUCCCGGCCGUCUGCAGGUUUUAUAUGGUGGCGUGCUGUGACCGCAGCGAUCGCAUCGCUGUCGGCGCUCGUCAGGGUUCAGUGGCUCUGUAUGACGUCCGCUCUGGGAGAUGCCAGCAUAUACACGGACAUAAAGGACCCAUAACAGCGGUUUCCUUCUCACCGGACGGACGUUACCUGGCCACCUACUCCAACGCUGACAGCCACAUCUCCUUCUGGCAGAUGAGCACGUCUCUGUUAGGCAGCAUUGGGAUGUUGAAUUCUGCUCCUCAGCUGCGCUGCAUCAAAACCUAUCAGGUUCCUCCAGUCCAGCCGGCGUCGCCCGGAUCUCAGAACGCCCUCAGACUGGCCCGGCUCUUCUGGACCUCCAGCCGCAACGUCAUCCUCAUGGCCCACGACGGCAAGGAGCACCGCUUCAUGGUCUGAGGGGUCAGGGGUCGCCGUGACCUUUGACCUCUCGGCUCCCCAGCUGAGCUGUUAACUAGUUCCCAGCGGGCAGCUGUACCACGUUUACACUCAUCGGUGUUUGUUUCAUU